AUGAAGAAGGGUGUUGCGGCCUUGUUUGCGGUGGUUGUGAUGGCAGUGGUGGUGCAGGAGACGACGGUGGCCGCUCCGCCGCCAGGCGUGGUGUGCAACCCGUCAGAGCUGGCGUCGUGCGCGUGGACGGUAAUUUUUGGGUCUCGGCCGUCGGCGGAAUGCUGCAGGAAGCUGAGGGUGCAGCAGCCCUGCUUCUGCACAUACAUCAGGGACCCACAGUAUAAGCAAUUCCUCCUCUCUUCCAAUGCCGCCAAAUUUACCUCCGUCUGCAACGUCACCAUUCCCACCACUUGCUGA